ACUGUUUUUCUCUGUACAACCUCACAGUUACUUUCUCGCUCAUUCGCUCACUAACUCACACGCGGCUCUUACACAAACACACACACACACACGCAUAUAUAUAUUUAUAUACACUCACACACGCACACACACACACACUCACUCACGCAUAUACACAUAUACAUACUUGCACUCAUACAUACUCCACUCUGUCAGUGUAUUACCAGCGAUUUGUCUUGUGUAGUCGAGAUUCCUGAUGGUUCGUUUGCUGCUCGCUUACCAAAUAUAAACAGUAAAAACAGGCUGGAGGUAACGCAAUACUCUUGCUAAUGUUUGCUGCUGUACAGGAAAGAGGAGAUAUGAUACCUAUUUCGUACGUGGAACGUUUUCUAGCAGAGCAAGAAGAAGAAGAACAGACAAGAGGAGAGGACGUCCCUUGUUAGUCUUGUAUUCUGUAACAGUCUUCACCAUCCUCUGUGGCACCUGCCGCCGCUGCUGCUGCCGUCAAAGCCACCGCCACAAAUAUAACAUAUAACCACAAUCCCAGCAGUAACAACAAAUGCUAUUAUAAUUACUUUUUCUUCUUUUUUCUACCUUUACCUGUCUCUUUCUCACUCACUCUCUCACUCUUUCUUCUUUCACUCAAUUUCUCUCACCCUUCCUCGAUUUCACACCUUGUCUCUCUCUCUCUCUCAUUUUGUUUUCUUUCCAGUCAGUAUAUAUAUAUAUAUAUAUAUAUAUAUAUAUAUAUAUAUACACAUAGGCGCACACUUACACACACGCACACGCAUACGUAUAUGUACGUUUCGUUACGUACGUACGCAAAUACGCACACAGCAUUCCCUCUUCUUCUUCGUCUGCCCCCCCCCUGUUCUUCGACUGUUUUCUAUUUUUUUUUCCUCUGCUCGCUCUCUUCUCACCGACGCCACGCCAUACCGUCGAUUGUGAAAUUACCAUCUUUUUUCAUCGUUCAACACAUCCGUCACAACCACCAACUGGUUGGUUAGUGUGGAGUAUUCUAGCAACUGGUAAGAACUAGCUACAUUCCAGCUACUACUGCUGCUGCUGCUGCUGCUGCUGCUGGAUGCACAUGUGUGUGUUCUCCAUCGGCUUUCGACUGCAAUCUACUGCUGCUAGCUAGCCACACGGGUGUUGUUGCACCGGGGUACAGUCGAGCAUCUAUGUGUACAAGUGUUGUAAUAAUCCAUGACUUCCGGCGGAGGACGGUUUGAUUUCGAUGACGGGGGUACCUAUUGUGGAGGGUGGGAGGAUGGGAAGGCUCAUGGUCAUGGAGUUUGUACGGGACCGAAGGGUCAGGGGGAGUACUCCGGUGCCUGGCAGUGCGGCUUUGAGGUGUCUGGAGUAUACACCUGGCCCAGCGGCAAUUCGUACACCGGCCAGUGGUUCCAAGGCAAAAGACACGGCCUUGGUGUAGAGGGCAAAGGCCGCUGGGUCUACCGCGGAGAGUGGACACAAGGAUUCAAGGGACGAUAUGGCGUGAGAAAGAGCACUAGUUCGGGUGCACGCUACGAAGGUACCUGGACAACAGGACUACAGGAUGGCUACGGUUGCGAAACAUAUGCUGAUGGAGGUACAUAUCAAGGCCAAUGGCAAAGAGGCACUCGGCAUGGUUAUGGUGUGAGGCAGAGCGUACCUUAUGGACUGGCCUCACAUUACCGUCCCAAGGCCUUACGAGCAUCCCUAACGUCCUUAAGAAGUGAGAACGAAGAUGAGCAGGUUGUCAAAAAUCGGGAUCGUAAGCUUGAUGAGAGCCGUGGCGGGUUUGUGUUGAAAGCUCGAAGUGAUGAGACUCCAACUCAGCCUCGACGUUCCAUCUUUGACAAGCAAGGAAAAUACAGUUUGCGCAAGACUCUCAUGUCUGGCCUGAAACUGAAAAAACAGAAAAGUACUGGUGAUAUAAAUGAUUCUCCGAAGCGUCAAAGCGGAUCCGUUCGUAGCACCAUCAGCAACAUUAGCCAUGUUAGUGCUGACUCCACACAGUCUGGAAUGACCAACACAUCGAUGUACACAGAUAGCAAUCUAAGCUUUGUGAGUCAGGACGAUAUCACAGACAUCAAUGUAACAGAAAGCUAUAUGGGGGAGUGGAAGAAUGACAAACGGUCUGGUUUCGGUAUCAGUGAGCGAUCAGAUGGCCUCAAGUAUGAAGGGGAAUGGUAUAAUAACAAAAAAUAUGGAUAUGGGGUCACCACUUUUAAAGAUGGCGCCAGGGAAGAAGGAAAAUAUAAAAAUAAUAUUUUGAUAUCUUCUGGGAAGAAAAAUAAACUUUUUUUGAUACGGACCUCUAAACUUCGUGAGCGUGUGGAUAACGCACUUGUUUCUGCACAAAGAGCUGCACAGAUAGCAUUACAGAAAGCUGAUAUAGCAAUCACUAGAAUGGCUAAUGCCCGUUCAAAAUCAGAGCAAGCUGAUCAUGCUGCGUCAUUGGCUGGUCAGGACUCAGAUAUUGCACGUAUGAAAGCUAAAGAAUAUGCUCCAGAGUUUAUCCAACCUGGAACUGAUAUUUUGAAUAAGAAAUUACAAGAAAACCCAGAAGAUAAUGAAUAUUGCCAUAUGAAGAUUCUUCCAAAUAACCAUUCUGCACAUCAAAGGUCAAAAAAUAUAAUGGGGCAUCAGUCACCAGAUAACUUAAUGGAGUCUUCCCACAUUGGAUUAACCGCUGGCCUUGAUUCUACUCUUCCAGGCAGCUACAACCCUGGUAUGCCAGAUGGUAUGAACUAUUUAAAUGAUGCCUAUCCACACACCCAGUUAUCUGCCACACGAAACACUGAAAAAACUGCAAUAUCAAACACUCAACCUUCUCGUAGCCCAUCUUUGAAAAUUCGUAGGUAUAGUUUUCUUGCAGGCUCAAGAAGAGGAAGAGGAUUCAGUGAAUUAUUCAACUCUACGAUUCUGAACGACCAUUUUGAUCAGUAUUGUUCAGCCGUCAAAGAUGAUAGCUUGGGCAGAGACCUUCUGAAUACGGCCAGUCAUCAGCAGCAGCAACGUCAUCAUCAUCAACAACAAUUAAAGCAACAGCAACAGCAGCAGCAGCGGAGUUGUGGUCCUGCAAGUGAUACCUCACCAGAUUCAGGAGUGUCGGAAACAAUGGAAGAGGAUAGCAAACACCGUCCAUUGCAGAGGCGCCGUACGCUGCCCUGCAUAAUUAAGCGAGAUGAAGAAGCCGAGACUGAGAAACAGCAUUUAAAAGAAAAUCAGGCAGCAGUCAGUAGUGAAAACUUGGCGACUAAGAACCCAGAGACAAUUGUCAUUGAAAAUGGUAUAAGGAAAAGAAUCAAAACAGAGACCAACAGACAAAAUCCCACUGACAGUGGGGUGCCAAUUAAAUCUUACACUAUUGAAAGCCAAAGGAAUUUAACUAAAGUUUGUAAUCCUGGUAGUCUCCCCGACAUUAAUAUUAUCAAGACACGGUCUUUGAUAAAACCGAUGCCGAGAGAAGAAGCUUAUAAGUUGUCGUCUCAGAGAAGAGAAGAGCUCCGUCACUUACAAGAGAUUGAUGAGCGCCGUAAGCAAGGCGAUGUGUCUGUUAUUCUUGGUGAUGUCAAGCUCGGAACUUAUUCCACUGGUUUCUUUUGCUGAACUACUAAGAUAUGG